GCAGCACGAAGACCAGUAAGCCAACUCCCAGGCGCCGCUCGUCGUACUCCAGAGCGAGGCGGACGUUGCUCAGCUCGCAGCCGCUGCUCAGCAGGUUGCGGCGGACCGUCCAGUUGAGGGACGGCCGCAGCACCACCCGGAGGCGGCAGUGGCCCUCCGACAGGCUCAGGUCGUACAGGUCGCCCUCGCCCGGCGCCUCCCACAGGCCGUCCCCGCUCCCCGGAUCCCGCGGGUACCUCUCCACCGACAGCACGACCACCGGCUGCUGGCACACCAGCGACGAGCGGACGGGCCCGCGGCCGGCCCCGAAGGCCGGGAACAUCGCCCUGAAGGCGCACUUGCUCCGCUCGCCCACUUCCAUCUUGGUGCAGGCUGAAGGAAACGGCCGGCGGCGCCGUGACGUCAGCGCGCCGCCCCGCGACACAAUGAGAGGGGGGAGGGGCCGACGUGAUGGCGUCACGGGGCGGGUUUGGCGGUCGUUUCCCGAAAGGUGGCAGCACUUUCUCUGCUUCUGAGGCCCCUUCUGGUGCUGUAGAUGAAGUGUUGGUUGAUACGAUCUCAGAAAAGGUCCACCGUGUUCUACGAGUGAUAGAGAUCAACCAGACCCUAACAGACUUGCCUAUCUUUUGGAACUGGCUCUAUGAAGUAAAGCUUCCAAAAUUGACCCAAGAGGCCAUGUGUGCCCCCAAAUGCAGGGACUCCACGACUGUUAUAAACUGCACCACAUGCCUGGAGGUGGAGGUCAACUGCUGGAGUCUGAAGACCUGCUGGCCUAGUGAGUAAAGCCUCUCACCACCAUCACACCACCCUCAAUGUUGAACGAGACGCAG